UAGACACAUUGUGUCAUUUAUCAUUCAUCUCUCUCUUUGUGCCCAUUUUUUAUCUCUAUAUCUUUUUAAAAGUACCACCUUAAAAAUGUCCAACCAUUAAUGGUAGGUUUCUUUAACUAAAAGAACAUUCUUGUUAUAAUUUGUCCUAACUCAGUGGCAGUGUCUUUGUUUGAAAGCAGUUUUUGUCCUUCCUUCGGAUAGCGAAGGAGUUACUAGUUUGUUUCCUUCGUACAUGCCAUGUUCAUUUUAGAGCUGCAAGGUUGCAACGAUAGAGGAAGACUCCUAAAAAGAACAUAUAAUAUGUUAACACAACAUUCGUUGACAUGAAACAUGUAACAAUUGCAACGUACUUCAAAUGAAAAUUGAAUCAAACGAUCAUGUUCACCCUGUCUCACGAGUUGGUCGUUCCCACCACCCAAAAGUUCAAACCCAUCGUUGCACUUCUUCACUCUCGCUGUUCAUGUUCCAUUGCAGAACCCACCAACCUUGCCGACCUCCUACAAGGCAACCUUCCGGAUUCGUACCUUCACCAAAUCCACACACGCAUUUUCCAACUUGGUGCGCACCAAGACAACCUCGUUGCCACGCGCCUCAUUGGGCACUACCCAUCACGUAUUGCUCUUCGCGUCUUUCACCAACUCCAAAAUCCAAACAUCUUCCCUUUCAAUGCCAUCAUCAGAGUUCUCGCCCAAGAGGGUAACUUUUUUCACGCCUUUUCUCUGUUCAACGAUUUGAAACGGUAUCCACUUUCGCCCAACGACUUUACUUUCUCUUUCCUCCUUAAGGCGUGCUUUCGGUCCAAAGAUCUCCGUCACGUAGAACAGAUUCAUGUACAUAUUCAGAAGACGGGUUUCCUCUCCGACCCUUCUGUUUGCAAUGGAUUGGUUUCUGUGUACGCGAAAGGGUACAAACACUUGCCAUCUGCCCGAAAAGUGUUUGAUGAAAUUCCUGACAAAAGGAUAGUCAGUUGUUGGACUAGCUUGAUCUCUAGUUUUGCUCGGUCUGGACAGAGUGAGGAGGCUUUGCGGCUUUUCCAUGUGAUGAUUAGUCAGAACUUGCUUCCCCAAAGUGAUACUAUGGUCAGUGUUUUAUCAGCCUGUUCUAGCCUUGAGGUGCCCAAAAUUGAGAAAUGGAUUAACAUUCUUUCAGAAUUGAUUGGUGAUGGAGUGAGUACUAGAGAAACUUACUGUGAUUCAGUUAACACGGCGCUGGUUUAUUUGUUAGGUAAAUUGGGGAAAGUUGAGAAGAGUAGAGAAGGGUUUGAUCGAAUUUCUGCAAUAGGAAAAAGAAGCGUGGUUCCUUGGAAUGCUAUGAUAAGUACAUAUGUUCAAAACGGUUAUCCUGUGGAGGGUUUAAGUCUUUACCGUAUGAUGGUAGAAGAACAAGCCACUACACCUAACCAUAUCACAAUGGUUAGUGUGCUUUCAGCAUGUGCUCAAAUUGGUGAUUUGAGUUUUGGAAGUUGGGUUCACGAUCACCUAAUAUCUCUAGGACAUAAAGACACCAUUGCCUCAAACCAAAUUCUCGCCACAUCUUUAAUUGACAUGUACUCAAAAUGUGGCAAUUUGGAUAAGGCAAAGGAAGUUUUUGAGCAUACAGUCAGCAAAGAUGUGGUCUUAUUCAAUGCGAUGAUCAUGGGUCUUGCAGUAUAUGGUGAAGCAGAGGAUGCACUGAGACUCUUCUACAGAAUGCCAGAAUUCGGCUUACAACCCAAUGCUGGAACGUUUCUUGGUGCUUUAAGUGCAUGCAGCCACUCUGGACUGUUGGCAAGUGGGCGUUGGAUAUUCAGAGAAGUGUCCCUUUCCCCUAGUCUUACAUUGGAGCAUUGUGCUUGCUAUAUUGAUCUUCUUGCAAGAGUAGGAUGCAUAGAAGAAGCUAUGAAGGUUGUGAUUUCCAUGCCUUUCAAGCCUAACAAUUUUGUCUGGGGUGCUUUGCUCGGAGGCUGCUUGCUCCAUUCUAGAGUGGAGUUGGCCCAAGAGGUUUCCAGGAGGCUUGUUGAAGUAGACCCAGACAAUUCUGCAGGCUAUGUUAUGUUGGCAAAUGCAUUUGCAUCUGAGAAUCAAUGGAGUGAUGUCUCGGAGCUGCGGCUAGAAAUGAAAGAGAAGGGAAUCAAGAAGCAACCAGGAAGUAGUUGGAUUGUUGUGGAUGGAGUUGUGCAUGAGUUUCUCGUUGGCUGUUUGUCACAUCCUAAAAUUGAGAGCAUAUACCAUACAUUGGGUGGAUUGGUGAAGCAUAUGAAAGUAGCAAGCCAUUGCCUGCUUGUAUGCUGUUGUUAAAUAAGCCGUGAUUGCAGCAACAGGAAAUUGCGCAAGUAAUUUCUCGUCAAAGCUUGCACCUUUGGUUAUAUGUGCAAGGAGUAUUUUUGUGGGAAUUAAACUUCAAUGUUGUUUUUUUUUUUUUAUCUUUGACCAUUUAUCAGCAUGACGACAAUUUUGAGACUAAACCCCUGGGUGCUUGUAGAUUGUGUUGUGAAUAACAAGUAAUUAGGUAGCAUCCUCCUGCAUGAGAUGUUCAUUUUAUGGUCACACUCCACUUAUACGCGACCAUUUAAAGUGCAGUUCAUUUUCUUAGCUUGCUGGUGCAAUGAACUUGAGAGGAGAAGCUUGUGUGAUUGGGUGAUGUCAUAAACCCUGCAGUUCCAAUCCAGUGCAGUUAAGGGCAGUCAUUGCUGAAGUGGAGAUGAAGAAACUUGCUGUAGGCUGUCUUUUCUAAAGAAUUGGAAGCUGAACAGGCUUGGAAACUGCACCUGACCUGAACGUGACUUGCUGGAAGAAGCUUGCAUGGGAAGCUUGAAUAAGCUGGAGAUGUGACCUGAAGCUGGUUGGACCAAGGGAAGUAACCUGCUCCUGCAAGUUGGGACUCAAAGAGACAAAAUUAAUCAAGCUAAGCUGACCUGCACUAGCCUAGACAGAAUUUACUUGCUACCUAUUAGUCUUGUAAUUGUGUUUUAACUAGUCUAGACAGAUUGUAUAUACAUUAGACCUGUCAUUGGCAGUUGCUAUUAUGACUGCUUUUAGGAAGUUU